AGAAGAAAAAGAAUUGUAAAAUACAAAUAUGCUCAACGUGAACGCUAAAGCAUUUGUGCCUCCCGGGGUUGUUGAAGGUGUGCCUCCGAGCUUUACUGCAAAUGCUUGGUAUCGCUAUCGCCUCAACGUACCUAUUGCGAGCCGGAUGAGUUCUGUUCAUGAAGAGCGUUAUUUAAACAAUAUAUCUUCCUUGCUCUCGUUGAAAUACUUGUAUGCAGAGCGUGGCGGAAUUGAUGAUGAGUCUUUGCAGUAUUUUCUCAACGAGCAGUUCCUUUUAUCCAACAAUACUGUUUCAAACGAAAAUGCCGAGCAUACCUCUUCGGGGUUUUUGCUUUCGCGAUCGAUCCUCACACUGUACACAGACCUCACUGCAGUGGCGAAUUUAAAUAAUUCGAAAGGCCUUCUUGUGCACCUCGAUUUGCCCACCGAAUGUAAUGGCGAUGUCGCUAUGUUUCUGGCAAACGCUUGGGAAACCUUCUACGCAGCGGUGGCAGAAAACAGUCGUGUUUCUGCUCUUGGUUACAGCCGCUCGGUGGUGGGGUUGAACGGGAGGCAAACGGGCGGUACGUACCGCCAUCAUUUUUUUGUGGCGUGCAACACACCAGAAUUACUCGAGCCAAUUUUGUCAGGGCUGAUGACCGACUGCCCUGUGCGUGUUCGCAGAAUUCUGCCGGUCAAAUCUAUUGUACCAUACAUCUGUUGUCCUCAUUUGCAGCUCGGUGUCGCAAUUACGUUCGGAAACGAUGCAAGGCUUAGUCUUACCAAAAACCGAGAAGCUGACCUGGACAUCGAAGUUAAGUAUAAAACAGAUGAUUUUCACGAGGCGCGGAAAGAAAUUACGCGGGCUCAAAGGGCCUUUAAAGAGUUUCUCGUCAGCGAUGUUAAAUGGGACAGAACACACAUUGUGCAUCUUCACGUUGAUGCAGUUUCUACGGCUAAAUCAGUCCUGGUUUCGAUUUGUGACUUAAUUUGGAACUUAGGGGUCUUCUGCGACGAUGCCGGUGCCAGUAUAAUUGGUGUUGCGUUCUCUUCAGAUUUUGACGAUCAUUUUGUUGAGCAGCUUGUGCGACGCAACAAAAACGGUCCUUUUUACAGCUGCGCUAUUCUGGACGAGAUGCUGCAAAAGGACCGUUCACUCGACACCCAAAACAUUUGUUUUGGUGGAUUUCCGUCGCAUGUCAAAACCACGUUGUCAAUGACAGCCUACGAUGGCGCCGUCGCAGCCCUCGAGUUAUGGCAGCGGUUUGAAAAGCAGAUGCCCACCACUGAACUGUUGACACGAAUGACAUUCGCGGACGCAGCCGACAGCUUUGCACGCACUCCUUACAUCGUGCGGCGAAAGGCUGUGGGUGCCUGCGUGCUCAUCGGAACCGACGCAAUGGGCAAUAUCUUUGGAGUAGAUGUUGCUCAUAACAGCGUAUUUGGCUUGCCCAUGUGCUUUGGCGGUGCAGUCGGCCCCAUAAUAAAUUGUGUGUUUAAAGGCACCGUGUCAUCGUCUUAUAGAAGCAGCUUAGAAUAUCGCGUUAUCGUCGACGAUCUUCUUGUUUUUGAAGGCAAAGAAACAAAAGGGAUCCCGUACGCGGAGCGGCUGCGAAUGUUGAGCAGCAUCGGCGUUGAAGAUGAAACGACCUGGCCGCACGCGAACCCAGCACAUAUUGUUAUUCUGAAGGCCGAAUUUGUUCCUCUCGAACACACAAGGGAACUUGCGGAGACGCCCGUCUUCGAUCACAACAACCUCGGCAUCGUGUUUAGCCCUUCGGUGCAACCGGAGGACGAAGUGAUCUUACCUGUUUUCGAAUGGGUUCCGCCGGCGUCCCUCACAGCACGGUUUGCAGUGGAAAGCAUCGAUUCAUCAGAUGACGUAAGCGAAGGAUUCAGCCGCGCGUUUUUAGGGGUCUUUUCGAGCAACGUGCAGAAAAAGAUUUUCAUUCCCUACGAAGGCGAGUACGCCGAUUACCACAAAGAGGCGUAUCCAAAUCUUAAGGCCGGCUCGCUUGUCGAAUGCCUGCUUCGGCGUGCGGACGACGGUGCGCACUGGUGGGAUGUUUUGAAAGAGUUGGACUCGACCGAGAGUAUUGUCGCCAACUCAUUCGACGAAGUUGACGAUCUUGUUCACAGUCCCGGAGUAACGCAAGAAGAAAUGUUAUGGCUGCUGAAAGCGCCAUCUUUCCAAUGCGAGCGUUGCCAUAAAGUGAACGAUAUAGGUAGGCGAAACAAUAGACACAACGCAUAUUGGUGCAAAAAUUGCUGGAUAGAAACUGGCCACGGCGAUUGCAUGUAUUGUGGACGCGCGUUCGCACUUGGCAUGUUAGAUGGCAGAAGUAAUCUUUUUUACUGCGAGAACUGCUGGAAUGCAUUCUCGUCAACGAAUACAGAAGCGGAAGUAGGGUAUCACGUCCCUCCACCACCAAACGCGACGUUUACGCAGCAGGUUACCACACGAUGUGUGUCACUGCUAAUCGACCUCAUGAAUGCCAAAACACCCUCCAACGACGUCUUGGACUUGUGCUGCGGAGGCUCUGUUUUGCGGAAGUGGAUGCGCAACAAAACCUUUCGCUACGUCGGCAUCGACCUCAAGCGUAGCGUCAUUGAUUCACUAAUCUCGACCAUUAAUAACGCGAAGGAGAGAGCGCCAGAGGGUCAGUACGAUGUAGUCUGCGGCGAUGUCUUCUCAGACGACUUUUGGAUCAGCACAAUUGUAAAAAUACAUCCGCGUCAGUUCCACGUAAUCAGUUGUUUUGCGGGCCUUCAUCACGCGUUCGAAAACGAAAAGAAAGCUCGACAUUUCCUUGGCAGCGUUGCAAAUGCUCUUGUCCCCGGAGGCACCUUUCUCGGCACGUUCAUUGACGCCAGCGUUCUCUUCUCAAAGGGGAAGAAGUACUCCAACAGCAUCAUGAAGGCCGGAUGGUCCGAAGACUCAGUGCCGCGAAUUGGGCACACUUUUCAGUUCACCACCAACAACGGGCCGCUGAGAGACGUGAAUGUUAUCCCGAUCGACUUCCUCAUUGCAGUAGCCGCCGAAUACGGUCUGCACGCGGUGUCAGAAGCUUAUAUGACUUUCCGCGAAUUAAUUGAGAAGGACGCCAGCUGGACAAAGGUCCCGUCUGCGGAUGAGAAGGAGUACUUAUGCGCGCUGCGAACGUUUGCCUUCAAAAAGGAGAGCAACGAGCUGGCUCCUUCGUCGCCAGGAAAAAAAUCAGACUCGGACGGAGCAUUUGCGAUGUGA